AUGAAAGGCAUGACCGGACGUAGCACCCGCAAUCAGCACGCGCAGCGCGAGGAAGAGGAGGCGGGGUCCAGGGAGGCGACUGUCUACUGGCAGCAAGUCAAUUUAGGUCCCAAAAUUUCUAUCACCGAGUUGGAUCCAUGGGAGGAGGAGGAAGAAGAAGAAGUUUGGCCAAUGGAAGGUGGGUACACUGAUGGAGAAGGGACAUGGAAUUGCGAUGCGACAAACAUGAUAAUGGUGAGAGAGGCGAAGCCGCUUAGCUCAAGGGGACGAAAGAAAAAUCCAUUCAAGAAGACGGAGACAACCCCCUUUGGAAAAACCAAAAAUGAUGCGAAAAAAAAAGAAGUAGCCGAAAUGGAAAGCAAAAGCAAGAAGACCUAUGUGAGUUGGAAAAGAAACGGGUUUGCUACUUCGAAUGGUACACUCCUAGUGGGCACUCCUUGGGGCGCUCGUCUGAACCCGCAUCCGGGCACCCAACACGGGGUGAAGAAGAAAAACGAACUUGGAAAAAAGGAACUUGGAAAAAGCGAACUUAGAAAAAACGAACUUGGGAAAAACUCAGUGGAAGCCCCCAGCGUGAGAGAAACCACCACGACGGGUACACAUAACUGGAAAGGACCCCCCAUGAGCAAAUUAAAAAGCGCUUGCAAAAUGGUGACCAUGAAAGGAUGCAAAAAAAUGACAACGUCGCAGAUCAGAGUUAAAGACUGCAUAAAGUAUACAAAAAAUUAUGAAUCACCCUUCGGGAAAAAAACGAAUAGUAGAGUGGGAACUCCUCACCCCGUCCAUUGUGAUCCUCUAAGGGGUGAGACAAAAUGGAAGAAAAGCGAACAGGGGUCUCUCUCGAGAAGUGUGCACAGAAGGAGGACUCCCACAGGGAGAGUCAGCAGUCUCCCCAAGGGAAAAACCCAAAGUGGGAGAAGUGUGAAAAGCGCAACGAAUAAGCGGAUAGAGCCUACCAAAAUUAAACACGUGGUGAAGAAACCACCGAGGAGGAUGAGCCACGUAGCGGGGGAGGUUGUCCCAAGAGGGGAGGUUACCCAAAGGGGGGAAGUUACCCAAAGGGGAGAAGCUGGCCAAAGGAUGGGGAGUGCCAAUCUUAGGAGAAACAUUACGGGGAGCGAGAAGAUGCACUUAAAAAAGAGAAGCUGUAGGAAGAAUGGCCCGGGGGGGAAUGGCCCCGUCGUUGGGGGAGCCUGCUGCAUAAGGAUGGGGAGCAGGAGAGGGGGCGAGACCUCCCCCAGCUGUCCCAGAAGGGAGAAAGCGAAAUUGAAAGAAAGUCGGAGGGAAAACCUUAAACAAAACGAGAAAGAAAAACCAAAAGCAAAAUCGAACGGCGAAAGGGGCAAAGGGGAAAAAAAUAACUCCAGCGCCACCGUCAGAAGUCGCAUAGACGACAAGCGGCAGGAACUUCUACACAGCUUUAGACGAAGAGUCUCGGCGGGGACUGGCCACGAGCAAUUGGGGGGGAGUGCUACAGGGGGGAGGGUUCCAAGAGAGUUGGAGCGCGAGAUGAGAGGCGGCGUUAUGAACACGCACGUCUACACUUAUGUGGGUAGCCAAUCGGGGGAGUCCGGCGGGGAUGCACCUGAAGAUGCGCAGGAAGGUGAGAAGAAGGACAGCUCGUUAGUGCACCCACCCCUUUCAAACAGCACCUGCGAAGUGAGCGCAUCAUGUGCCUAUGAUCACGUUAUGCACUGCGGACAGGGAAGAGAAAGGAGCGAUUUAAAGAUCAACACAUGGAGCAGUGAUGAUAUAAUGAUGGGAACGGCCCCAUCUUCAUGUGGUAGUUCCAUCCAGGGGAGCAAAUCCACCACAUGGAUCGCCUCUCGAGUGAAUGAACCCGUGGUCACUGGAAAGAGAAGGUCACACAGCUUGAAUGAAAAACAAGAAAGUAGGUCCUUGAACCCACUCAUACUUACGAACGACCUACGCAUUAAAAUAUGCUACAGUAACAACUACGUAGAUUUAAGGGCGAUGGGUGGGAUUCCCCCCCAUGAGAGGGUUGCUCCUGGUGUAGCAGAAGAUCAGGUGGCCACGAAAGCAGUCAAGGAGUCUUCUAAACGAGUGACACGUAAGAUACCCAAAUACGUGACCGAAGCGGAGCUACACAUAAAUGAUUCACCACUCUCCUGCCACAGCGAUGACCACCUCCGAAACAUAAGUGAUGACCUGUUUCUCAUUUCGCAAGAUUCGGAAAAGAUGAAAUUAAAUGGCUAUGUGGAGAGGAUAAAUUCGAAGGAGACUUAUGAAGGAGAGCAGGGAUGCAUCUCCAACAGCUGGGAGGGAGAAACGACAGAGUGCCACCCAUGUAUGGAAGGUAACCUGGUACGCAUUUCUCAUUUUGUAAAUGUAGACAAGGGGAAGGGAACUCAUCCGAUAAAAGAGAUAGAGAAAGAUGUUUGUCCUGUAAGAGAUCUGGUUGCUGAUGGGGAGGAGGGGGCACAUGGAUUAGAAGGCGAUGAGUAUGUCGACCACGAACGUGCAAAUGGGCAAAGUGAGCAGAAUGAGCAGAAUGAGCAGAAUGAGCAACGUGAGCAGAAUGAGCAAAGUGAGCAAGGUGAGCAGCCUACCGGGUGGUGCACCCCCCAGUUGGGACAACACGAAAUGGAGAGCACUUCACAGAAAAAGAAGGCACCCAUCUCGAAGGGGAUUCACUUCACCAUGGGCGAUCAAAGACACAAAGGGGGAGGACACCAAUAUGGCACUUGCGUUCAAAUAAAAAGCCUUUCCAUGAGGAGAAGCGGACGCUGUGUUGAACAGCAUAGAAGGAGCGAUGAUGGGGGGGAGAGGCAGACGGACAGGAACACAAGUAACCCACACGCAAGUAACUCACACGCGAGUGACCGUGCGGAAAAAAUAAUCGAACCCUUUUUAGGUCACCAGGAGGAGAGUCUUCAUAUACACCCGUUUAACCUCGACAACGGAAGCAGCUCCACGUCAGCAUCCCUUUGGGAGUGCCCUCGUAGAAUGAUCAUCCAAAGUGACGACUUUAAUUGCUUGGUGAGUGAGGAGAGGAACUUGGAACAGAUGAUACAGGUGGUGGAAAAAAUGAGUGAGGAGGUGUCAGUACUACCACACGUUGAACCGAAAGAAAGGAUUAACAAUAAAUGUCAUAGAAAGGUCAGCUCUGGAAGAAGGCGAAAUGAAGCCUCGAUUAAAAUGAUAGGAAUUUCUCAAAUGAAAGGAACAAGAUCAGGGAAGUUAAAAAAAAGCUUUCAAGUGAAGCAUCCUUGUGGUGGAAUGUCCACAGAGGGGGAGACAACUCGUCAUGGAGUUAGCUAUGGUGAGAAAAGGGACAGCAACCGUUUUGAACAGCACUCUAUACCUAGGAACAACUUCCCAUUUGAAACGGAGCGGAGAGGCAAGACUGUAAGGAUGAAAGGUAGUGGUGAUCCGUGCCCAUGUCAGCGUCUCCACAUAGAGGGUCCUAUCAGUGGCGCAGGUGUGAAGAAGCCCAUUCCAAAAAGGAUUGGCACUAACCCGGAAGGACAAUACUGGAGAGAGUCCCCCAACGGGGAGGGAAGAGAUAAAAAAAAAAAAAAAGAAGGAGAAGAAAAAGCAGCAGAAAGCGAAAAUGAAAAAAUAGUAAAACAGAAAACCACUCCGGGACAGACGAAACGUAGCCAAUCAGCGAAACCGCCGCAACAUUGCGAGAAAAUUGUUUCUACCAAAAAUCAGGGGAAGGAGAACACACACCCAUUAGACGCUUCCACAGUACAAACGAACGGCACGAGUAGAAAGGUGACUCCUCAUGUGGGUAAUAACAUCCAAGAGGCAGGAUGGCAUCGUGAAAGAGAAAAGGCGGAGGGAAGAGGCGCACUCAGAGGGAGUGGUCCCACAUCAAAAAAGAGCUCCUCCUCCUUAGUGAAUCACAACGAUGACUCAACGUGGAUUGAAAAAGACAAGAAAAAAAAGGGGAAGAGAAAUAGUUGCCAAGCCCAAGUCUACCAUGGCAAGGGGAACAUAAAAGAUGAGGAAAAAAAAAAAAAAAACCCUUCUUCAUAUGCUCU